AUGGGUUUUCAUUCGAUAUAUUUAGAAGCCACAACUGACUUUGAAAGCAUAGCCUUUCCAGGGUUCUUAUGUUUACGACAUCAACAGAAUAAGUAUCUAGAUUCUCUAGCAGGACUGUGGAGUACAAAUUUAGGUGGUAGUGAGCCUCGAUUAGUCAAAGCUGCAACUGACCAAUUAAACAAGUUACCCUUCUAUCACUCCUUCUGGAACCGUACAACCAAACCAACAUUGGGGGGUGGAUCUCAAGGGGAGAGCUGCUGUCCUCCAGAGCUGUUGGAUCCUAAAAUAAAGCUCGCCUCCGCGCAUGAGGAAGGCGAUGCCAUUAUGCCUAGGCUACCAUGGAGCCGAACAAGGAUGUUGUUCAGCCUGUCACCUAACACCAUCAAGGAGGAGGAGCGUGGCCGAAAGACGGCGGCCAGUCCGACCAUGUGCUCACUUCACCCCCUUCUCCCUUCCAAUUUUGGAUUUGAUCUGGACGCCGCCGUCGCCAUGGUUGCCUCGCCGUCGUGGCUCAGAAGUAAAUUCUAGCAUAGAAGCCAUAUUGUAGAUUGAAGAGUUUCAGGUUGACAAGAGUGUAAGAUGCAAUGCUGCUCAAACUCAAAGUCUCCAGUGCAAAUCUUCAGCCACAACUGUCAAACAAUCUGAUCCCAAAGCUUCAGGGAAAGUUCAAGGGCCUAAACUGGACGAUGGAAGCGGUGGGUUCCAUUUCGGCAAAGGAGGCGGCGGUGAUGGAGGGGAUGGUGACGGCAACAACCGUUUCUUCUCUAAACCUCAAGGAGUUUGAGAAGUACUACCUGCUUGCUCGAACGCCUUUUGCAGGAUAUGACGAUGUGGAGCUAGGGCAAUCAUCAUGAGUCUUGUUAGUAGUAGUGUCUCUUCUGUUCGAUGCGUGAAAUUUCUAAAUGGUUGUUUCUUAGUCUAGAAGUGCAUCAAUUAACUGUCCUGAUUGGUUAUGCUAUGUGUCCUUGUCUUCUAAACAUGUAUGUUGACCGGUGAAAAGCUCAAAAUGUUAUAGGAUUGAGUUUAAUAUGCUGAAACUUGAUGUCAUCUGGCGCUGUGCGUAAACAUGAGGAAA